UCGUCUGAUCGUCCGGAUGAGCUGAACCGUAUACAAGAAGCCGGGAGUCGGGUCCUUUGCUCGGACUGUCUUCGUGUCCUUGGAGUCCUCGCAAUGUCCAGAGCCAUAGGGGAUAACUACUUGAAACCUUAUGUGAGCUGUGAGCCGGAGGAUACGAUUAGGGAUCGGACGGCGGAGGAUGAAUGCUUGAUUCUAGCGAGCGACGGCUUAUGGGACGUGGUGUCAAAUGAAACAGCAUGCAGCGUGGGGCGCAUGUGUUUGAAGGCUCAGCCGGAGGGAGGAGUAGGGUCCAUGGUGGAAGAUGGAGGAGGGAUAUCGGACAAGUCGUGCAAUGACGCCUCCAUGUUGCUCACAGAGCUGGCCUUGUCCAGGCGUACUACCGACAAUGUUACUGUUGUCGUGGUUGAUUUGAGGACACCCACCUAG